CCGUGAUUUUGUACAUCUUACGCCAUAAGGCUGUGAUCAUAACUUUCUAAUCUUUUUAAAAAAAUAUUUGUUUCAGUCUUGCCUUGAGUACAAAACCGCCCGCGAUGGCUCAGAACAACAUCCAAUACUCUGAGAAAUACUAUGAUGACAUCUAUGAAUACAGGCAUGUUGUGCUUCCCCAAGAGAUUGCACAGCUGCUGCCGAAGGGUCGCCUUUUAUCUGAGAAUGAAUGGCGCGCAUUGGGAGUGCAGCAAUCCCGCGGUUGGGUACACUACGCAAUUCACCGACCCGAGCCACAUAUCAUGCUCUUCCGGCGACCAAAGGGCUACGGUCAAGGGCCUGUUGCUCCCGACGCGCUCCAAGUCCAGUGAGGGUCUGCAGGGCGAGCCCAGCUGCAGCCCCUGGGAUCGUCAGCGGCGGUGUUGGCUGUCGUGUGUCAAGUAGCUGUCCGCAGGAGGUUAGUCCAGCAUAGAUAUCUGGCAUCUAUUUUAAGACUGUUCAGCUGUCGUUGAUGAGAGGAGUUCGUAACUUACAGUCAGGAUGUUGGGUACAUUUAGGAAUGAAUGAACGGGCCAUACUAGCAUCGUCUACACUUGUACACAGAACUAAUAUCGUGCACAGUAUUUCAAGGGGCGUGGAACGCUGAUUUCUGUGCACCUGUGUGCACACAGUACCCAUGACUAUCCGUAUCUUCGUAGGUCCAUGCCUGUUGCAGCAAGGGACCGUGCAAAAGAAUGUAAUUGUAACUGACUAA